AUGGCCAUGGCCUGCAAGAAUGUGCUAUCACAAUUCUUCUACGAAGGCAUCCUAAAAUCUGAGUUCGAUUCUCAGUGCGAGCAAAUCAGCACAUACGCACUGGAUAGUCUUCACAGCUAUCCAAUCUCGAAUGUCCUCAAUAACCAUUAG